AUUCUAGAAAGAAGCUGAAAAAUUGGCUGCUCCCCUGCUUGUCUCCCCCAUCAUUCGAAUAAAUUCUUUCCCGUGUAUGUAAAAGAACAGCUAACACGUUACAUCUGGAGUUCUUCAUCGCAAAAAAAACCAGGAAACAUUAGAGGCACGGCACGAUGUUGGGAAUCCUUAGGCGGAAAGCUGCUUCUGCGAGCUCAUAUAAUUUAGUGAAUUACGGCUCUGUACAAUCUAUAGGGAUGGCUCGGCCUGCAUUGACAGGAUCCAAGUCCCAUGGUUAUGUUGAAUCAAUCUUGGUACCUGAGGCACAAACUCUUGGAAGAAAUCAUAACCUAAUACGACAAAUUCAUCAAGGUGCUCCGGUUUAUUCAAUGCCUUUAAGGAAUGUUGUUUCAUCACCUAAAACAGAUUUUUCAACACAAAUGUGGAGCCGAUCUUUUUCUUCAGACAGUGGUGACUUGGUUGAUGCUGUUGUCCCUUUUAUGGGGGAAUCCAUUAGUGAUGGCACUCUAGCAACCUUUCUAAAGAAACCUGGAGAUCGUGUGGAAGUUGAUGAGCCAAUUGCCCAAAUCGAAACCGAUAAGGUGACAAUUGAUGUUGCUAGUCCUGAAGCUGGAGUUAUCAAAGAGUUUGUUGCACAAGAGGGAGACACAGUGGAACCAGGUACAAAAGUUGCAAUAAUAUCAAAAUCCGGUGAAGGUGCAACCACCCAUGUGGAGCCAUCUGAUUCUGACCCUCAGCCACCUUCCAAGGCGGCACCUGAGCCUGCUCCGGCCAAAGUUGAGAAACCACCGCCCACUCCACCGCCAAAAGAGGCACCAAAAGUAUCCUCUCCACCACCUCCAAAACCUUCAGCAUCUGAACCUCAACUUCCUCCAAAAGAUAGAGAAAGAAGAGUCCCAAUGACAAGGCUGAGGAAGCGUGUGGCUACACGUUUGAAAGAUUCUCAAAAUACUUUUGCUUUGUUGACUACCUUCAAUGAAGUCGAUAUGACAAAUUUAAUGAAACUUCGAUCCGAAUAUAAAGAAGCUUUCCUUGAGAAGCAUGGAGUGAAGUUGGGACUCAUGUCUGGAUUUGUGAAAGCUGCUGUUAGUGGGCUCCAAAAUCAACCAAUCAUUAAUGCUGUGAUUGAUGGAGAUGACAUCAUAUAUAGAGAUUAUAUUGAUAUCAGUAUUGCUGUUGGUACUCCAAAGGGUCUUGUGGUUCCGGUGAUCCGUGAUGCUGAGAAAAUGAACUUUGCUGAAAUAGAAAAGACAAUCAAUGGUCUAGCUAAAAAGGCUAAUAGUGGGUCCCUCUCAAUUGAUGAAAUGGCUGGAGGUUCUUUCACUAUCUCUAAUGGUGGUGUCUAUGGAAGCCUUUUAAGUACUCCCAUCAUAAACCCUCCACAGUCGGCAAUAUUGGGAAUGCAUUCGAUAGUGAACAAGCCGAUGGUUGUUGGGGGUGAAAUAAAGGCGAGGCCAAUGAUGUACAUCGCGUUGACUUAUGACCAUCGUUUGAUUGAUGGUAGAGAGGCCACGAUUUCAUCUUCACUAAUUAGGUGGUUACCAUAUCAUGGUUAA